AUGUCAACAUUCGUACCAUCCACAAGACUUGGUCAAGCUCAUACCCUUGAGCAUCCUCUUGCGCAUCAUCUAUCGAUUCCUAAUGCUUAUGCUCAUGCCCAUCGUUAUUGUCCUUACUGUCACACUCAACCUCAUUCUCACUCUGCUCAACAUGACCAUAACCUCAAACAGCCCGUCACCACAGUCCAAGAAGAAGAAACCCGUUCAGAAUGUUUCAUAUGUAAAGAAGAUAUAUUUGAUAUCAUUUCAAUGGCUGAAAGAGAUAAGAAAGGUGGUAUUGAAGGCUGUUUAGUUAUCUGGACUUGUGAAUUAAAGAAUUGUGGUGUCUUGUUCUGCAUAUUCUGUGCGAAACAAUGGACAUCACCUUCUUUCCUUGAUAAUCGAAAAGCUUCAAGUUCAUGUCCCGCAUGUACAAGAGAAUGGGAUAUCAGUUCUUUGAAAAAACAAUAUCAAUCUUAUCAAUCUGUCAAAUUCGAAUGGCGUAAUGAAUUAUGUUAUGUGGAUUCCAAGGGCGCUUCGAAUACGAAAUGA